AUGUCGACAUGCAAAUUCGAUAGCGGUGAAAGAGUCAGAGUCGCGCAUCGCGGCAACCCGCAAUCAUCGAAUUUGCAGGAGGAAAUGCUCUCGAAGAAGAAUCGACUCGCACAAAUGCUCGCUGGCGGGAUAAAUUCGAAAAAGACUCCAACGAAGAACUCGAAUCGAAAAUACGGAGUUGGAAAAGCGAAAAAGUCGAGGAAAGCUUCUUCUGAUGAAGAUGACGAUGACGAAUUCAUCGAUGAUGCGAAUGAGAGCACAGAAGAGCCAAGAGAAGAAUUCGAAGAAGACGAUGAUGACUUUGAUGACGAGGAGGAAGUCACACCGCGCGUUCGAAAAACUCCAGCAAAAAAGAAAAUCACCGAUUUUUUAGAAUUUAAAGUCGAACCAAAAAAGCAGCGAACAUUGUCGGAUUCGAGCGAUGAUGAGGAGGAAUGGCUCGGCAAACCGCGACUCGACGGCAAACCAUCGCCGACGAAAAAUGUGAUGAAAACGAGCGCCGCUUCGCGAAAAGCGCCGCUGAAGAAAAAGAAGAUUGUGAUAAGCGAUGAUGACGAUGAUGAUCGCGAUGAGUUCGGUUCGGAGCCGGAAGAGCCGAUUGUCGAUGAGAAGAAGAAUCGAAAGAAAAUGGAAUCCGAUGAGGAUUAUGAUGAUGAUGAUGAACCGGAUGCUGAUGGAGAUGAGACGCCUUCUAGUGAUAGUGAUGCCGAAGAGCGACGAGAGAAGCGUUCGGAGAAUCGGAAUCAGAAGGCGUGCCGGGAAUACUUCAACACGGCGCCGAAAGAUGAUAUUCUUCUGCAGCCGAGAGUCAACGACAAAAUUGCGCAAUUCAUUAUCGAUAAGCGGCCUUUCGUUGAUUUCAACCAAAUGUUCAACACUUUGAAGGGAAUAACUCGCGGUGUGAAUGCGAUUGAUGCAUAUAUGGAGCAUUUGGAGAAGCGCGGAAUUCUCGAGCGAAUUCUCGAUGAUUGCAAAGAUCACGCGGAGGCGGUCGCUCGCGAUUUCGAGCGAUUCACAACGAAGCCGAUCAAACUUAGUUUGCUCAAAGAAGGCUGCUCACUUCAUGAUUAUCAGGAGAUCGGCGUCAAAUGGCUGAUGAUGAUGCACAAAAAGGAUUUGAACGCGAUUUUGGGUGAUGAAAUGGGACUUGGCAAAACUAUUCAAAUUGUCGCUUUCUUAUCAUAUCUUAAACAAGAAGGUGUUAAUGGUCCCCAUCUCAUCGUUGUACCAUCUUCGACGAUCGAGAAUUGGAUUGGAGAGUUUCAGAAAUGGUGCCCGAGCUUAAAAGUUUUAACCUAUUAUGGAAAUCAAGACGAGCGUCGACAUCUUAGGCAUCGUGUGAAGAAGCAGAAAGCCAAGAUCGACGUGAUCCUGACGACGUACAAUAUGGUGACGUCGAAAACCGACGAUAAAAAGUUCUUCAAGAAUUUCUCGUUGAAUUAUGUGAUUUAUGAUGAGGGUCAUAUGCUGAAAAAUUGCGAUUCGGAGCGCUAUCGAGGAUUGAUGAAAGUGAAGGGGCGACGAAAGAUUCUUCUGACUGGCACACCGCUUCAGAAUAAUCUGAUCGAGCUGAUCUCGCUAAUGUAUUUUGUUCUCUCAAAAGUGUUCAAUAAGUACUGCGAAGAUAUUACGCAUCUUUUACAACAUUUUAAGCAGAUUGGACCUGCGCUUGAUGACAAGAAUCGUCAAAUGUAUCAGCAGGAUCGAAUUGAGCAGGCCAAGGCGAUCCUUCAGCCGUAUAUUUUGAGGCGAUUGAAAACCCAGGUUCUUGGCGCACUUCCGCCGAAAACGGAGAAUGUGAUCGAAGUUGACAUGCAGCCGGCGCAAGAGGAAUUCUACAAUGAGAUUCUGGAGACAUUCCGAAGGGACCAUGACUCAUUUGAUAGCUCGCAGGGCUCGUUGAUGCGUCUUCGUCAAGCAGCGAAUCAUCCGCUUCUUCGGCGACUUCAAUAUACGGAUCAGAAGUUGGAUAAAAUUGCGAAAGUGCUUUGCGCGAAGGAGAAACAAUACGAGACGAAGAAAUGGGAGCAUGUCUCUGAGGAUAUGUCGUUUAUGUCGGAUAUGCAGAUUCAUCAACUAUGCGAGAAAUUCACGAGCACGACGAAAUUUCUUCUCGAUGAGAAUUUGGCGCUUCAAAGCGGAAAAAUUGAUAAGCUUGAUCAGAUGUUGCCCGAAAUUCAGAAGAAGGGCGAUAAGGUGCUGAUAUUCUCGCAGUUUACAUCGAUGCUUGAUAUAUUGGAGGUUUAUAUGCAGAUUCGCGGAUAUCAGUAUAAGCGGCUUGACGGGCAGACGCCGGUUAUGGAGCGGCAGGAAAUGAUCAAUGAGUUCAAUGUUUCAAAGGAUUUGUUCAUAUUUCUGCUAUCGACGAAAGCUGGAGGGCUUGGCAUCAAUUUGACGUCGGCGAAUCAUAUUAUCAUUCACGACAUCGAUUUUAAUCCGUAUAAUGACAAGCAGGCUGAAGAUCGCUGCCAUCGAAUGGGACAAUUGAAGCCGGUAUUUGUGACGAGACUCGUCAGCAAACGGACCGUUGAAGUCGGAAUGUUGGCGUUGGCGAAGAAGAAGCUCAAAUUGGAGAGGCAAGUCACCACGGGAAUCAAGGGGCAAAUUGAAGAGGAUGAGAAUGCCGUUGUGAAAGACGAUGAAGAAGAAGCGAUCGAUUCGAACACUCUCAACAAACUCCUCUCGACGGCAUUGGAGAGGAAGAGCCUGUGUGAGGUUGAGCGCGACUCGCGAAGCCCGUCGGCCGACUAA